CGCUGUUUGAAGGUGAAGGUCUUUGCUACUCCAUCCACUGAAAGCGCGAGCUCGGAUCUGUCAUAGCUGCCUUCCCCCGGAGUGAGUUCUCUGCAGUCAUGUCGCUGUUUACUGAAGUCCCGCAAGCCGCCCCUGUGGCUGUCUUUAAGUUAUCGGCAGAUUUCCGUGAUGACAAGGAUCCCAGGAAGGUGAACCUCGGAGUGGGAGCGUAUCGCACAGACGAUAGCCAGCCCUGGGUGCUGCCGGUGGUGAAGAAGGUGGAGAAGCUGAUUCAGGAGGACGACAGUCUGAACCACGAGUACCUGCCCAUCCUGGGCCUGCCCGAGUUCCGCUCCAACGCCUCCAAGAUCGCCCUGGGAGACGACAGCCCCGCCAUCAAGGAGAAGCGGGUGGGUGCAGUGCAGUGCCUGGGUGGUACCGGCGCUCUGAAGAUAGGGGCGGAGUUUCUGCGACGCUGGUAUAAUGGAGUCGACAACACCAAAACACCCGUCUAUGUGUCUGCUCCCACCUGGGAGAACCAUAACGCGGUGUUUGGCCAGGCGGGCUUUGAGGAUGUGCGUCCAUACAAAUACUGGGACGCUGAGAAGCGGGGCCUGAACCUGAGCGGUUUCCUUGGUGACAUGGAGGCAGCUCCUGAGCAUUCCAUCUUCGUGCUGCAUGCGUGUGCACACAACCCCACCGGCACAGACCCCACUCAGGACCAGUGGAAGCAGAUCGCCGAGGUCAUGAAGAGGCGGAAUCUGUUUGUGUUCUUCGACUCAGCCUAUCAGGGCUUUGCGUCGGGCAGUUUGGACAAGGAUGCCUGGGCCGUCCGCUACUUCGUCUCUCAGGGCUUUGAGAUGUUUUGCGCUCAGUCCUUCUCCAAGAACUUCGGCCUCUACAACGAGCGCGUGGGGAACUUGACCAUUGUGGCGAAGGACGAAGACAACCUGACGCGGGCUCUGUCCCAGAUGGAGAAGAUCGUCCGGGUCACCUGGUCCAACCCUCCCUCCCAGGGCGCUCGCAUCGUCGCCACCACCCUCAACUCACCAGAGCUCUUCCAGCUGUGGAAGGAUAAUGUGAAGACCAUGGCAGACCGUGUUCUCCUCAUGAGAGCCCAGCUGAAGGAGAAGCUGCUGGCUUUGGGAACUCCAGGCACCUGGGAACACAUCACCGAUCAGAUCGGCAUGUUCAGCUUCACAGGACUUAAUCCUAAGCAGGUGGAGUACAUGAUUAAGGAGAAGCACAUCUACCUGAUGGCCAGUGGGCGCAUCAACAUGUGCGGUCUGACCACCAAGAACAUCGACUAUGUGGCCGAGGCCAUCCACGACACCGUCACCAAAGUCCAGUAGAGCCGCUGACCAGCCCAGCACUGCCCGCCCACCCACCAACCCUGUGUGUGUGUGUGUGUGUGUGUGUGUGUGUGUGUGUGUGUGUGUGUGUGUGUCCAUCCUCUUCAUCUCAGGCCAGCCGUCUCACACACAUACACGUCUUAUCUAGAUUCAGGCCAGCCGUCUCACACACACACGUCUGCAGAUAAUAUAUACACACUGUAGGCUUCAUUGGUAGAGAUUUGUGUUUAUUCAUUGUGUCCUCUCCUGUGUGUGUGUGUGUGUGUGUGUGUGUGUGUGUGUGUGUCAUGUGUGAAGAAACAGCACUUUGUUGUGGCAUUCAGAUCUCACCACAUCUUCAGACACAGCUGUAUGUCUGUGGGGAUCAGAAUAGGCCAGAGGUGUGUGUGUGUGUGUGUGUGUGUGUAAAGCGAGAGAUUAAUACUGUUCCAUUUAAAGCACAUUUAUGGGUUUGUCUUCAUUCAAUCAGGGUUGAAGGAGAGAGAAAGAUUGUGUGUGUGUGUGUGUGUUUGUGUGUGAGGGGAUCUAUAGUGAUGUCAUGUACAGAUGCUUUGUUUCAGUCUGAAGAUCAAAGCCUCCGUCUCAUUGCACAAGACCUUCUUUCACUGUGUGUGUGUGUGUGGUGUGUGUGUGUGUGAGAGAGAGUGAGAGAGAUUGAUAUUGAUGAAUGUAUAGAUGUAUAGUUUCAAUUCAGAAGUUAGCCAGUGAGCACCACACUCCCAAUACUAGCUCACACACACACACACACACACACACACACACACACACACAGCACCUCUCUGGGAGAAGUGGCUGUUGUCUGUUAGGUUGCACUAUAUGUCCGUCACAUUUCAUGACAACUGUGAGCUUUGGAGUGUGUGUGUGUGUACCUCUGACUAUUCCUCUCCUGGUGGACCACUGUCACCUCAGCCGCUAAGCAGACAAACUGAUGAACUUAAUUAUGGAAAUAAAUAAGGAAAUAAAUAAACAAGCUUACUGUACACAA